AUGACUACGCAUCGAUCUCAACACGAAGAUAUCUAUUGCAACGUUUGCUUUAGGAUAUUCAAGAAUUACGCAUCCCUGAUGGGGCACAAAAAAAUACACGAUGAAAGUCUUACUAUUUAUAACUGUCCCAUCUGUGAUUGUCGUUCCUAUCGGAAAUACAAUGUUCAGCUGCAUAUACGAGUUCAUGUCCAGGAUUUUGUCUGCAGGAUUUGUUGCAACAGCUACAAUAGUGAACAAAUGCUGGAAAACCAUAAAGCCAGCCAUUCAAAAGCUGAACUUGCAAAUUAUUCUGAGACCAACGCCAAAGUAUUAUGUAACGAAUGCGAUGAAAGUUUCGACUCGAAGUUCAAGCUUUAUUUUCACACGAUCAAGGAACAUAAUAGCGAGGAUGAGAAAUUCACUUGCUCAGAAUGCAAUAGGAUAUUUGAAUCGCUUGCUAUGCUCCGCAGCCACAAGAAAACCCAUAAGGAGGAAUGUGUUUAUUAUCAAUGCGAAGAGUGUGAAAAGAUAUUUACAAAGCUGAAAACCUACACCGAGCACCGAAACACACAUUCGGAUAGUCGUCCCUUCCAAUGUGAUAUAUGUCUCUUACGCUUUAAGUACAGCAGUAACUUAUCCCAACACCGUAUAAUUCAUAAAGGUAUUAAGAACUUUGCAUGCCAUUUUUGCGAUAAGAAAUUCACAAGAUCGAAUAGCUUAAAUGUGCAUCUGAAAUCACAUCGGAAUCAAAGGAAUUUUGCAUGUGAGCAUUGCAAUAGCACAUUUGUUCAAUCGAGUACCUUAUAUAAGCACAAACGAGCCCUGCACCGAAAAUGUGAUGCUUGCGGGGAGAUCGUCGGGGAUCGUAAGCAAUGGCGAAUUCAUACUUGGAAAGAAUGUAGCGCUGGGAAUAAAUCUCAAACUGAUCAGGACAUUCAUCAAUAG